CUAUCAAGACUGACGCAAAGCCUGCGGAGGCCAAGAAGACCCCUGCAAAGUCACCAUCAGGGACCACCAGUCGUCCCAAACCCAAGCCUGCUGCCACCAAACCCACCACAACCUCAACCUCAACAGCAGAUGCUAAGAAGACAGCUGCUAAAGCUCCAGCUAAGCCCAGCACUGUCUCCAAGCCCCCUCGCCCGCCCAGCAGCGGCUCGGCUCCAGAUCUGAAAAACGUGCGUUCCAAAAUUGGAUCAACAGAUAACAUCAAGCAUCAGCCUGGUGGAGGGAAGGUCCAGAUAGUCUCCAAAAAAGCGAACUACAGCCAUGUUCAGUCCAAGUGUGGUUCCAAGGACAAUAUUAAGCAUGUCCCUGGAGGUGGGAAUGUGCAGAUCCAGAACAAGAAAGUUGACCUUUCUAAAGUGUCCUCCAAGUGUGGCUCCAAAGCAAACAUCAAGCAUAAGCCAGGAGGAGGAGAUGUCAAAAUUGAGAACCAGAAGCUGAACUUCAAGGAGAAGGCCCAAGCCAAAGUGGGCUCUCUGGACAACGUGGGACACUUGCCAGCAGGAGGAACUGUGAAG